AUGGUCCGUAAACUCAAGCUUCAUGAGAAAAAAUUGUUGAAGAAGACUGAUUUUGUGCAAUGGGAAGUUGAUCAUCACGGCAAGCAGACUGAACAGAUGAGGAAAUAUCAUGUCAUCAAGAGAGAACACUAUUCAUUGUACAACAAGCUGGCUGCUGAGGUUAUCGCUUUGCGCAAUAUACUCUUGCUAUGCUGUCCUAUCACGGUACGAUCUAUAGCGGAAAAACUCAAGGAGUUACCACUGAAUGAACCUUUUCGUGUGAGGUCCGUUCGGGAGAUGUUGAGCAAAUUGUAUGCUGCUGGAAUUAUCCCUACCGCUGAUACAGCAGAACGACUUAGUAAAGUUGGUACACUUUUAUUUUCGCAGUCCUUUAAAUGCUGUUAG